UCCUCUUGAGAGCAUAAUAACAACUGAGCCUCUUGAACUAGUGUGCAUAGACUUCUGGUCUGCAGAAGAUUCUUCAAACAAGUCCUUGGAUGUGCUCGUUGUUACUGACCACUUUACCAAAUUGGCUCAUGCCUUCUUGUGUCCGAACCAGUCUGCUAAGUCAGUAGCUCAUCAGUUGUGGAACAACUAUUUCUGUGUCUACGGGAUGCCUCGCCGUAUACAUUCAGACCAGGGAGCCAACUUCGAGAGUGCUUUAAUAGCCGAACUGUUGAGUGUUGCAGGUGUUCAGAAGUCUCACACCACGCCGUACCAUCCGAUGGGGAACGGGUCCUGCGAAAGGAUGAAUAGGACGUUGGGAAACAUGAUCCGGGCCCUGCCAACGAGAGCAAAGCACAGAUGGCCUCAGGCGCUGAAGUCCCUCACGUUUGCGUACAAUUGUACAAUCCACGAGACCACAGGCUUUGCCCCUUUCCUGCUAAUGUUUGGAAGGACGCCAAGACUGCCUGUUGACAUAGUCUUUGGCUCUGUCAUAGAGAACCCAGAAGUUGUCGACUAUGACCAGUUUGUUCAGUCUUUGAGGAGAGAUCUGAAAGAAGCCAUGAAUACAGCACAGGCAUCUGCAGCGAAGCAGUUGAAGAGGCAUGCUGACCUUUAUGACAGAAGAGUCAGAGGAGCACCAGUGGAGAUUGGUGAUCGAGUGUUGCUGGCUAACAAGGGGGAGCGGGGAAAGCGGAAGCUCGCUGACCGUUGGGAGGAUACUGUCUACCUUGUCACUGGGUUGAAUGCUGACAGCCACACUUUUAAGAUUCAGAACAGCUCCACUGGACGGGAGAAGACGGUACAUCGCAACCUGAUAAUGCCAGUCAACUUCCUUCCUCUUCCCCAUGCUGCCGUUGAUGAGGGAACAGACAUGUCUGGAUUAACAGAGUCUGAGGGCAUGAAUGACAGCCUUAUGGUCUCAGCUGCCAUGGACACUGCAGUGGAUGAUGAUGCUGAGUACAGAACGAGAGUGUGGGUGUCAGAAUUGCCUUCUGAAGGAACAGGUGACACAAGCCUGGAGGGUGAUGUGCGAUCCUUGGAUGCUCAGGAUAUUCCACCUUUGGAUUCUGUGGAAGAUAUACUGCAGCUGGAAGGUCUGCCUCGGUCAGAGAGUCUUCAAGAAUCUGACCGAGACCGUAACAGUGUAGUGAGUGAGCUAAUUGACCAGUCUACUUACGAUAUCCGUACUGACCUACCAAACUCAGACCAUUCCUUACCUGAUCAGUUACAGACGGACUGUGUUGACAGUCCCAUUAUUGCAACAGUACACAACACUGUUACCCCUUAUGCAGUUGAAGGUAGUCGGGGUCGUAUUAGGUCAAGGGCAGGAAGACUAUUUAAACCAGUGUCAAGACUGAUUGAGAUUAUGAAUCAGCAGACAGUUAGCUCUUGAAGGUUUAAUAUGUGAAUAGAGGGUCAAUGGUAUUGGCAUCUUUUAUUUGUUUUGCUUUUACAUCAUUGUGACCAUGAUUAGAGGUUGCAAGAUGGUAAUGUGACGGAUAUGAUCAACUCUCUUAUGGUAGUUUAUUUUAUUACUUGGAUGUUUUAAAGUCACUGAGUGUACUUAACAUGUAACAGGCAUGUUUACCUAUGAGGGCUAAGGGGAUUGAUCAACCGCUUUUCACUCUAAUUCUCAAGGAGAAUAGUCUAAUGACUGGAAUAUUUAGUGACUGAUUUAAAGCAGGGUCUGCAUCCUUGAUAUACACAGCUUUACCUUUUAGUUUCUCUAUUAGGUAGUAUAAAAAUAUAUCAAUUUUUUUUUUUCCUCUGAGUUAUUCUGUACAUAUGUUGAGUGUCUCUGUAUCUGGUAUGUUUGCACAGUGCCGUUUUGUAUUUUUUUUUAUUAUUUUUCUUUGCAAGUGGAAUUCAGUAGGGGGGAGUGUAACAGGGUUUUAUUGGUGAUUCCCCUUGCCACUUUAUUGUUAAGCCAAUGGGUUUUUGGUUUUAGUUUUGUCUUGCCGUCACCUACUCAACAUGGCAUCUUAUUGGCUGGUUUGCGUAGCUUGCUUACGAGGGAGGAUGUUUCAUUAGAAUCGUCCCAGUGAACAAGCACCAAACCAGCGUGCGUGAGUGCAGAGUUGGAUGGUGAGCCGUGCAUUGCAUGACGUGCAAUUUUGUGCUGUUCCUACCAGGUACAUUGUUAAAGAAUAAAUCUCCAUGACUGGUGCUACAUGUUGGAAUUCGUGUCGAGGAUUGAUUGUACACAACGCAAGAAGAGUA